ACGAGAUUCCGCAAUUCAUCAUGCACAAUCCCGCUGCCGCCCUCCUGACGGCGCGACUGCUUCCAAUAUGCUCCUGCUUUGUGAGCCUUCCGGAGUCAUUCGUCCGCCAGCAUCUGCAACAUGUCAAUCCAAACUUCGGCGCAACGAUCCUUCGGUUCAGCUGGCCGCAAGGGGCAACCGUGGAGGCUGCGUAUGUUGGGUGGGUUGGCGACAUUGCCCAAAGUGACGACAUGGAACUGUCGCUGGAAUUCGCACAAUGCAUGCAACUGACUGACGCCAUGGACGCGAUGCCUGGCCUUCGCAUUAGCGUAAGCGUCGUGCCGUCCAUGCCUGUGGCGCAGUCCGUCGAAAUGGAGCCAUCUUCGCCCGACGACUGGGAGAUCAUCCAACUCCACGCAGGAUACUUGGAAUCUGACAUCCUGCGGCAGGUUUGUGUGGUGCAGCACAACCAAGUGAUUCCCAUUCGUAUUCAACAACACACAGUGGUGCACUUGAUCACCCGCCUUCCGUCCGACAUCCCAUUUGCGCGCCUGUCGUCAAACUCUGAAGUGUACAUAUCCCCCAAAACUCGAUCCCCUUUGCCGUCAUCCGAUCAGCCCCUGUCGUCGUCGGUGCAGCCGCCUUCGCCAAUCCUGAAAAUUCAACCGUGUACUACCUACAAACCGAACGGCAGUUGCGUCCACUUGGUCAUGGACGACGAUGAAAUUUUGAUUCACCCGUUGAUGGUGGCAACUCUUCUUGGAACCCACGACAUCACGGGGGACAUCGCGCUGGUUGCCUCGGUGUGGGACGAUGCUGCAGAUGCCACGACUCGUCCAACCUGCGUGGGUCGACUUCGGGCGUCCACAGACGUCGCGUUUGAUUCGUGUGGGCUCUCACCGACCAUUCAAAGCGAGUUGGGUCUAUCGUCGCUGGCUCAUGUCCGGCUGCGCUGGCUGACGCACCCCCCGUUGCUGCCCCUGUGCAUCCUCUUGACCCCACUGUCGGCAAUGGAUAACGUCAUCGAUCGGUUCCUUUCGUGGAGCCAGUCGUGUGGCCUGAUGUAUGUGUUGUCCAGCCAAAACCGCAUCACACUCGACACCGAUAUGCAAGUCGUCGUGACCAUUCAAUUCAACGAUCCCAACCACGAAACAGCUGCCCCCACGGCAGCAUCAUCUCCAGACGAGUAUGUGAUCGUGGGGGACGGGUUCUACCUCCCACGACGGCAAGAUGUAGCUAUGGGCACUGCAACCCAGCAGGACGCGGUUGGUGCCGUCGUCAUCCCAGACCAACUCGUGACGUUUCCUGGUAUGGAACCAAUUGUGACGACGUUGUGGAAGCGGCUGUUUCCGGUCCUCGGUCGCGACGGGUGUGGGGUGCGCACGCGCAUGGGCAGCGUCAGUCCGCCGGGGUCGAUCGUCCUCCACGGUCCGCGGGGGACUGGCAAGUCGUCAGUCCUGGCGGCGCUGCAGUUUAAAUGCAAACUGUCGUUUGGGGUCAUGUGUGACACGGUGGCCGUGCCUUGUCGCGACCUCCGUGGACUCAAGAUGGACAGCGUCAAGGCGGCGCUGACGGCCGCGUUUGACCGAGCCACGCACCUGGCGCCGUGCCUCGUCACUCUGGACGACAUUGACGCCCUCAUGCCUCCGGAGGACGACACCUCUGGAGCGGCUGGCAUGUCGGAGCAGUCGCGGCGACUGGCCGAGCACGUUGCCGCCCUCAUCAAACAAACUCGACACGCCAUGCAGCACCAUGCCGCCGCCAUCGUCAGCCAAGUCGACUCAACCUGCGACUCCAACUGGCCAGUGUUUGCCACGGCGUGCUCCAAGAAAAGCGUGGCGGUGGUGGCCACUGCGCGAGAAGCCCAAUCGAUGCACCCCCUACUUCGCACAUGCGGCCUCUUUGAUCGCCCCAUAGCGCUGUCGUUGCCAGACGCAGUCGCCCGGGAAUGCAUCCUCCGUGGGCUCGUGAACCGGGCUGAAGCGGUUUAUCCCCCCACAGACGAACAAGUGCAGGGGGCGGUUCAAAAGACGGAGGGGUUUAGUGUCCGCGACUUGACACAAGUGGUAGAUCGGGCAGUGCACCACGCCACCAUUCGUACCCGGCAAUCGACCACGCAAGAUCGAAUGUCGUUGAAUUUGUUGGCAGGUCUGGAAGGCUUUACACCGGCGGCGUUGCGGGGAGUGGAACUGUUUAAGAGCUCGGUGCAGUGGUCCGACAUUGGCGGGCUGCACGACAUCCGCCAGACCCUCAAAGACACGCUAGAAUUACCUACCAAGUACGGCAGGUUGUAUGCGGCGGCGCCGAUCAAGUUGCCGUCGGGGCUGCUUCUCUUUGGCCCCCCUGGGUGUGGCAAGACGUUGCUUGCGAACGCCGUGGCCAACGAAUGUGGGCUCAAUUUCAUCAGCGUCAAAGGACCGGAAGUCCUCAACAAGUACAUUGGCGCGAGUGAACAAGCGGUCCGAGAUUUGUUUGCGCGCGCGGCGGCGGCCGCUCCAAGCGUCCUCUUCCUGGACGAGUUUGAUGCGAUGGCACCUCGACGAGGGGCAGACAACACGGGCGUCACGGACCGCGUGGUGAAUCAGCUGCUGACGUUUUUGGAUGGCGUCGAGUCACGUCAGGGUGUGUAUGUCCUCGCAGCGACCAGUCGCCCAGACAUGAUUGAUCCGGCCUUGCUUCGUCCUGGUCGAUUGGACAAGAGCCUGUAUUGCGGGUUCCCAAAUGUACAAGAUCGGCUCGACAUUCUGCAAGCCGUGAGUCGAAAGAUGGACUUGGCCGAUGACGUGUCGAUGGUGUUGCCAUCCGUCGCCCAACAAACAGAGCUGUAUUCUGGCGCCGAUUUGCAAGCCGUCAUGUACGCUGCCCAACUCGAAGCCGUGCAUGCAUCCAUUCCUUUCGCAGAUGACUGGGACAUGGAGUUCCAAGAUUCCAGCGACUCUGUGAGUUUUUCGCCCAAGGUUCCGCAUCACGCGUCCAAGGUUUGCGCGUCGCACGUCCAGAAAGCCCUGGCGGCGUCCCGACCAUCCGCUUCGAUUGACGCCAAACGGCGCUAUGAUCGCAUGUAUGGCUCGUUCAACAACUCGACCCAGCAGCCUCGCGUGACCGAGUUCAAGACGGCUGAAAGCAACCUAACGUUUGACAGAUCGGACGCGGCGCAUUCCACCCAACGGUCGGCGUUGUAUUAGUUAACCAAAUAUAUCGGGAUAUUGCAAGGAAAAGUGCAGUCAAGUAUUACACGUG